AUGAUCGAGCUGGACGUGGACUGCGCGUUGUUUGACAGCGCUGCCGUGUGGUCGGCGUUCUGGUCCGUGGACGCGGAAGUUCGGGCGUUUGCGCAAGUGUCACGAUGUUCCCGCUGCUCCGAGCUUAUUAAGAUGCAAAAGGCCGGCUUUUCAUUCUACCACUCAACUCACCGACUACGGCACAAUCACGACGAGUGA